AUGUUGGAAGACAUGGUGGUAGUCGCCGAGGUGGCAACAAAGGAGAUCCAGCCCGCGGAAGCCCAGCCGGCUCCCGCCGCCGAGCCCGAACCAGCUCUCAAGCCGGAACCAACUCCCGAGCAAAAGCCACUUUCUGAGCAAAAAUCUGCCAUUGACGCGAUACCGGUCAAAGUGGUAGCCAACGCCCCAGGAUUUUCAUGGCUGAAACCGCACCCGACCUUUGUAAUACUGCUGGUUGGCCCAGAUGAGCAGCCUUUCGGUCUGCAAAAGGACUUUUUAUGCUACAGAAGCGGCUACUACCGAAGAUACUUUGCCGAGCACGAGAACCAAGAGAAUCUCGAGCACAUUGUCAAACUGCCCGACACGUCGGUGCAGGUUUUUGGUCUGGCGCAGCAUUUUCUCUUUACAGGGGAUGUUAUUGCCGACCUGAGAGUGACACCGUCAUACGAAGCGCUUGUCAACCUGUGGAACCUAGGAUACAAGCUCGAGAUCGAAGGGCUAUGCGAUCGGACUCUGGACGCCAUGACGGAAUGCAGAAAAAGUACAUCGCGCAUACCUUCCACGCCAUUGCUGGUCCAGGUCUGGAAGGAAGCCCCAGAGGGUUCGGCGAUUAGACAGCUUCUGCUGUCGUGGACAGCCGAGUAUAUGAGAUCGUCGGCCGCCAGGGCCGAGUUUGCCAAGUCGCUGCCGCAAGAGGUGCUGAGCGAGCUGGUCGUUGCCAUGAGCUCGUUCGAACGCAGCAGCCUCGGCGAUCGAUCACAAGGAACAGCAGCAGCAACACGGAAAAACGUACACUAUCUAGCGGUCGCAGACGACGAGGGCGCACUUGCCAGUGCUAAACGGAACAGACGCGUGAGUGCCGUGCCUGCGCAACCAGCAGCGGCCCUUGUUCACGCAGACUCCUCGGCGCCGGCGGCCAAGAACAGAACCCCCCUGCCCAAGCCGCCAAAGAGACGAUCCGGGGCGGCGUACCUCGAGGGGCGCACAUUCUCGACGGCGUCCAAGCUGGACUUUUGCGCGGACCUGCUGACGCGCAUGCUGUCCGGGCCGGGCUUCUGGACCCGUCUCGUCGGCCCCUUUCGCGAUGCCGUCGAGCCCGAGGAGGACGGCGUGCCCGACUACUUUGACAAGGUGAAGCGGCCGAUGGACCUGAUGACGAUUAAAAGCAAAAUGGACGGCAAAAUGUACAAGGACGACGAGGAGUUUGCGGCCGACGUGCGGCAGAUUUUUGACAAUUGCUUCACGUACUGGAAGCCGGGCCAGCCCAUGUACGAGGCCGGGGAGCGUCUGCAGCGGACGUUUGAGGACAAGUACUCUCACAUGAACAAGUGGAUUGCCAAGAUGGGAGGCGAGGAGGGAGAUUAG